AUGGAGUCAGUAGGAUCUGACCACGGAAAAUACGACCCGGACGAUCUGGACCUCCCCGUUUCCCGUCAAGCGACCGUAGCCACCGCUGCUACAGCGACUGGGCUGCCAGCAAUCACCCCUCGCAUUCGCGUGUCGGCCAUGUCGGAACCCAAGGAGUUCUCGGGGAAGGACGACGACGAAGAUCGCGCGCGGGCUUGGAUCGGCAAAGUAAAGUCAGCCUUCGUCCGUGAUCAGGCUCCAGACGACGAGAAGUGCCUGGUGCUUGGUGGCCUGUUCACUGGUCCGGCGUGUAACUGUUCUGUGGACUCGGAGUAUCUGUCGCGAGACAAUACUACCAUGCGAGGAAGCGCGCUGACGAGACGCCGCUGGAAUACCUGCACCGCCUGA